AUGGAUCAAACAAUUGGGUUUAUGGUUCAUAGGGUUGAUUACUGGCUGUCGAUCGUCGCUGUAGCUGUCGAUCGCUUCAGCUGUCGACCGCCGCUUCAGCUGUCGACCGUCGCUACAGCUGUCGAUCGUCGCUACAGCUGUCGACCGUCGCUACAGCUGUCGACCGUCGCUACAGCUGUCGAUCGUCGCUACAGCUGUCGACCGCCGCUACAGCUGUCGACCGCCGCAACAGCUGUCGACCGCCGCAACAGCUGUCGACCGCCGCAACAGCUGUCGACCGUCGCAACAGCUGUCGACCGUCGCUACAGCUGUCGACCGUCGCCACAGCUGUCGACCGUCGCAACAGCUGUCGACCGUCGCUACAGCUGUCGACCGUCGCUACAGCUGUCGACCGCCUCUACAGCUGACGACCGUCGCUACAGCUGUCGACCGCCGCUACAGCUGACGACCCUGUCGACCGUCGCUACAGCUGUCGACCGCCGCUACAGCUGUCGACUGCCGCUACAGCUGUCGACCGCCGCUACAGCUGACGACCGCCGCUACAGCUGUCGACCGCCGCUACAGCUGUCGACCGUCGCUACAGCUGUCGACUGCCGCUACAGCUGUCGACCGCCGCUACAGCUGUCGACCGCCGCUACAGCUGUCGACCGCUGCAGCUGUCGACCGCCGCUACAGCUGUCGACCGCUGCAGCAGUCGACCGCCGCUACAGCUGUCGACCGCCACAGCUGUCGACCGCCACAGCUGUCGACCGCCGCUACAGCUGUCGACUGCCGCUACAGCUGACGACCGUCGCUACAGCUGUCGACCGCCGCUACACCUAUCGACCGCCGCCACAGCUGUCGACCGCCGCCACAGCUGUCGACCGCUGCAGCUGUCGACCGCCACAGCUGUCGACCGCCACUACAGCUGUCGACCGCCACAGCUGUCGACCCAGUAAAACAGAUCUUACCUGUUUGUGGAGUGCCCUCCACAAACAGUGCCCUGUCGACAGUGCCCUGUCGACCGCCGCUACAGCUGUCGACUGCCGCUACAGCUGUCGACCGCCGCUACAGCUGACGACCGUCGCUACAGCUGUCGACUGCCGCUACAGCUGUCGACCGCCGCUACAGCUGUCGACCGCCGCUACAGCUGUCGACCGCUGCAGCUGUCGACCGCCGCUACAGCUGUCGACCGCUGCAGCAGUCGACCGCCGCUACAGCUGUCGACCGCCACAGCUGUCGACCGCCACAGCUGUCGACCGCCGCUACAGCUGUCGACUGCAGCUACAGCUGACGACCGUCGCUACAGCUGUCGACCGCCGCUACACCUAUCGACCGCCGCCACAGCUGUCGACCGCCGCCACAGCUGUCGACCGCUGCAGCUGUCGACCGCCGCAGCUGUCGACCGCCACAGCUGUCGACCGCCACAGCUGUCGACCCAGUAAAACAGAUCUUACCUGUUUGUGGAGUGCCCUCCUCUUCUCACCUGCGGCUUCUUACCUGAAAGUAAAACACUAA